AUGGCAGAUGACUUGCCUGGAUCUCCAUCAAGGAAAAAAAAUGGUCAGGAAAAGUACCCAAAAAAGAGCAAUGAAAUCCAACCCAGAUGGACACGUAGACACAUCCACCAAUCAAUGGAAGAUAACGUUAUCAGAAGAAAGGUAGAGAAGAUCCUGGGUCAUGUAGGGGGGCAAUGUACACGUGGCAAAGGGUCAGCGAACGGUUAA